AUGAGCUGGCAACACCAGGAACGGCCAGGAUCUCCCCGCGGUGGGGACACCUGCCCCGUCUGCUUGUAUCCCCUUGAUCACCCCGCUAGCGUGGACCCGUGCAGGCAUGUAUUCUGCCAUGCCUGCAUCCAGCGCUGGGUGGCCCCCGCCGUCGCUGCCUCCUGCCCGCUCUGCCGGCAGCCCAUCAUGGCCAUCCGCCGCCUGCAGAGUGCUAAUGUGACCUUAAUCGACCUUCCCGGCCAUGAGAGUUUGCGGCUUCAGUUCUUGGAGAGGUUCAAGGCUGCAGCCAGAGCCAUUGUGUUUGUGGUGGACAGUGUGGCCUUCCAGCGGGAGGUGAAGGAUGUGGCGGAGUUCCUGUACCAGGUCCUGGUCGAUAGCACUGUGCUCAAAAACGCACCCGCGCUGCUGAUCGCUUGCAAUAAGCAAGAUGUCACUAUGGCAAAAUCAGCAAAACUUAUUCAACAGCAGCUGGAGAAAGAGCUGUAAUGCAACACCUUACGAGUGACCCGCUCUGCAGCCCCCACCAGUCUGGAUGGCUCAGCCACUGGGGGCCCUGCCCAGCUGGGGAAGAAGGGCAAGGACUUCGACUUCUCCCAGCUGCCCAUGAAGGUGGAAUUUGUGGAGUGCAGUGCUCGGGGCAGCAAGGGAGAGGAGGGAGAUGCUGACUUCGAGGGCCUUGAGAAAUGGCUGGCCAAGAUUGCCUGA